CAAAAGCAAUAAUGCAAAAUGAGAGAAAUAUAGCAUACACUACUGCCUGCCUCCGGAUUUUUUUUUGCUUUCUAAAAAAAUCAUCUCCGAAAACUGCACAUAUUCCAAAUCUCCCUAUAUAAGCAGACACAGCUAGGUGGGUGAUUACAAUAGGCAUUCAAUCAUUCAAGCGAAGCAGCCACCACCCUCUCCACUGUGACUCCGUGACCUGCCUGCCCUGCUGCACAGCACAGCACACACACCCCGCACACCGCACCAGCUCAGCUCAGCUCACCAAGACAAUCAAUCAUGGCUCGCCCGCGCAGUGUUGCUGCCGCUGCCGCUGCCCCCCUCCUGCUGCUGCUCGCCGCCGCCGCAGCGGGGCUCGUGUCCGCCGCGUCGCCGGCAGCCAGCGACUUCGUCCGCAAGUCGUGCCGCACGACGCAGUACCCGUCGGUGUGCGAGCAGAGCCUGGCGUCGUACGGCGGGUCGCCGCCGCCGCGGAGCCCGCGGGAGCUGGCGCGCGCCGCGCUGUCGGUGAGCGCGGACCGCGCGCGCGCCGCGUCGGCGUACGUGGGCCGCCUGUGCGGCGCCAGCAACGGCAAAGGCGCGAAGAAGGGGUCGGGGUCGGGGUCGGGGUCGGCGUCGGCAGGUCCCGUGCGAGACUGCCUGGACAAUCUGGCGGACAGCGUGGGCCACCUCCGCGACGCGGCGCAGGAGAUGGGCGGCGCCGGGAUGGGCCGCGCGGGGACGCCGGCGUUCAGGUGGCACCUCAGCAACGUGCAGACCUGGUGCAGCGCCGCGCUCACCGACGAGGACACCUGCCUCGACGGCCUCUCGUCCCGCGCCGUCGACGCCGGCACGCGCGCCGCCAUCCGGGGCAAGGUCGUCGAGGUCGCGCAGGUCACCAGCAACGCGCUCGCGCUCGUCAAUAAGGUCGGGCCUGGGUACUAACACGGUGAGGGGACCCAAGAUCCAGGCCCAGGCCCAGGCCAGAUACCACACCCGCUACUAGUAUAAUACUAGGCGCCUCCACACCUCCACGGCGUUGGGUGUUUCUCGUUCGUUAAUAGCUCGGUUUGCUUUGCUUGUGUUUGUGUAAGAUAUACAUUAGUUAAGGGCAAUAAGCUUGUACUAUUAUGAGUGGCGGCCGAGGAGUACAGACUUACAGUACGUUCUUCUCUGUCCGAUCAUGCCAUCAUUAACAUUAAUUAAUGUGGGAGAUAUCUUUUGUCC